GCCUAGGAUUGCCUGCAGUUCUUUUCUUCGACUCGACUUUCUCCUCUUAAUUCCAUCCCUCUAUUUAUGCUGGACUGUCUUACUACUGCUCUUAUUAUUAAUUCUCCAUGCCUCAAGAACACCACAUCGACGCCCUCGUCGUGGGCACCGGCUUCGGCGGCAUCUACGCCCUGCACUCCCUGCUGCAGCUCGGAUUAAAUGCCAAAGCCAUCGACAAGGCCGGCGACGUCGGCGGCACCUGGUGGUGGAACCAGUACCCCGGCGCCAUGAGCGACACCUGGAGCCAUCUGUACCGGUACACCUUCGACCCGGAGCUGCUACAGACGUAUCCCUGGUCCAGCUGGUACGUCACCCAGCCCGAGAUUCUCGAGUACCUACGCCACGUCGUGCAGCGGUACGACCUGCGCCCGCACAUGCAUCUCAGCACCGAGAUGACCAGCGCCAUCUGGGACGACGACGCCGCCCACUGGACAGUGCGCUGCCAGUCUGGCGACGUCUUCCACGCCCGAUACCUCAUCUCCGCCCUGGGCAUUCUGCACCAGGCCCACGUCCCCGACUUCCCGGGCCUGUCGACCUUCCGCGGCGACGUCGUCCACACCGGCGCCUGGCGUCCCGACCUCGACCUGACCGGCCGACGCGUCGGUGUCGUUGGUGUCGGCUCCUCCGGCACGCAGGUCGUCACGGCCAUCGCCGACCGUGUCCAGUCGCUGCACGUCUUCAUCCGCCGCCCGCAGUACAGCGUGCCCAGCGGCAACCGCGCCGUGACGGCCGAGGACCGCCGCGCCGUCAACGAGCAGUAUCCGCAGAUCGUGCGCGACGCGAAGGCCUCGAGCCUGGCGAUGGGGUUCGCGGAGCCCGCGCGCACCCUGAUGUCGCUGCCGGCGGCGGACCGCGAGCAGCUGCUCGAGGACUACUGGCAGGGCGGCAACGGCCUGCGGUUCAUGUUCGGCAGGUUCUCGGACGUGAUCACCGACGAGGCCGCCAACGAGGAAGUGUGCCGGUUCUUGCGGCGCAAGAUCGCAGCCAUCGUCCACGACCCGGCCAAGCGCGCCAUCCUCACGCCGACGGACCUGUUCGCGCGGCGCCCGCUCUGCGACAACGGCUUCUACGACAGGUUCAACCGCGAGCACGUCUUCGCCGUCGACGUCCGCCGGCACCCGAUCGAGCGGAUCACGCCGCGCGGCGUGCGCACCGCCGACGGCACCGAGCACGAGCUGGACGUGCUCAUCUUCGCGACGGGCUUCGACGCCUACGACGGCAGCUACGGGCGGGUGGACAUCCGCGGGCGCGGCGGCGGGAUGCUGCGCGAGAAGUGGGCGCAGGGGCCCGUCAGCUUCCUGGGGCAGGGGGUGCGCGGGUUCCCCAACCUGCUGAUGGUCAACGGGCCGAAUGGCGGGUUCGCCAACGUCAGCACGCUGUCCGAGACCAACGUCGAGUACAUGGUCGACCUGGUGCGCCAUGCCGAGGAGACGUCGCGGCGGACGGGUCGCCCCUGCGUGAUCGAGCCCACCGAGCAGGCCGAGUGGGAAUGGACGAGUAUCUGUCGGGCGGGCGCCGAGGGCACCCUCUUCGUCAAGGUGCCGCAGUGGCUGAUCAGCUCGAAUAUUCCCGGCAAGCCGACCGUCGUGCCGUUCUUUUUCGGUGGCUUGGCCAGGCUGCGAGCGAUCAUGGCGCAGGUCAAGGAGAGGGGGUUCGAGGGAUAUGAGGCGCCGUUUGGGACGGGCAAGUCGCCCAAGGCGCAGCUGUAGACUGCAUGAAGAUAUCCGUGAGAAAUUCGAUGAUUUUGCUCUCCAGUUCCCUAGGAUGUUCAUCAUUAGAGACCGUGGAACAGAAACACACACCAGUGCCGUUCCGAGAAAGCCCAUAAUAUGCUUGCGCUGUAUUACCUCUCCCACGGUCCGUCGGAACGCACAAUCGCAGGACCGACCAAACACCAGCCUUAUAAUCCCAGUCCUUGCAACCUCGGUGCGCGUAGACCUCCCAGGAAAAAAGUCUCAUGACCCUAUUCUCUCCAACGGGGAAAAA